CUCAAGCCCAUUUUACGAAACCCUAGCUCCCUUAUAAGCCUAACAAUCCGUCAUUUUUCAUCUUCACACAUACACACACUCUGUAAACCCUAGCUGCAUACCUUAUACCUACAAUCAUGGCGGAAAGAGGAGGAGGGGAGAGAGGUGGGUUCGGUCGUGGAUUUGGAGGCCGUGGUGGUAGAGGUGGAGACCGCGGUGGACGGGGCCGUGGCGGCCGUCGUCCACGUCGUGAAACAGAGGAGGAGAAAUGGGUUCCGGUCACUAAGCUAGGAAGGCUUGUGAAAGAUGGCAAAAUUCGCUCACUUGAGCAAAUUUACCUUCACUCACUCCCAAUCAAGGAGUUCCAAAUCAUAGAUACCCUCAUCGGUCCAUCUCUCAAGGAUGAGGUGAUGAAAAUCAUGCCGGUUCAGAAGCAGACCCGUGCCGGGCAGAGAACCAGGUUUAAGGCGUUUGUUGUUGUAGGUGACGGGAAUGGUCACGUUGGUUUGGGUGUUAAGUGCUCGAAGGAAGUCGCUACUGCUAUUCGUGGAGGAAUUAUAUUGGCUAAACUAUCAGUGAUUCCAGUGAGGAGAGGUUACUGGGGUAACAAGAUUGGUAAGCCACACACUGUGCCUUGCAAGGUUACAGGGAAAUGUGGGUCUGUUACUGUGAGGAUGGUGCCUGCUCCUCGUGGUGCUGGUAUAGUUGCUGCUCGUGUCCCCAAGAAGGUCCUUCAGUUUGCUGGUAUCGAAGAUGUCUUCACAUCUUCUCGCGGAUCCACCAAAACCCUUGGCAACUUCGUUAAGGCUACCUUUGAUUGUUUAAUGAAGACUUACGGGUUCCUGACCCCAGACUUCUGGAAAGAGACUCGGUUCACCAAAUCUCCAUUCCAAGAGUACUUUGAUAUCUUGGCAAAACCUGCCAAUAAGGUUAUUGUGUACGCCACUGAAGAGGCAGCACCUGAGAGGGUUGAGGCUUGAUUCAUUUUAGAUGUGAUAUGAGUCCUUCUGUCGUUUUGUUCUAGUAGUUCUCUUCUCUGAUACGUUAGUAUUCUAAAUUUUGUUCUGUUUCUGAGGGAUAUUUUCCGCAGACUUGCAAAACAUAAUGUUCCUUGUUUUGGUUUGUUUUCAACAAUACAUAUGAAUUUGAUCUCAUGUUUUUGCUUGAUUA